CCCCCCAUUGGCCCAUUCCAACAUGACUGGUACUUACAGACUGUCGUCUUCCAUGGAGGCUCUUUCCCUCCGUUCAUCCAUACUCUUCGCAUUAUUCCUCUGUCUCGUCUCAUUCAACGGUGCUGUAUCGUCGGAGGAAUCCCUGGAGACGUUCAUCGUCCACGUGGAGAAAUCCCAGAAGCCGCAGGCUUUCUCUACUCACCGCGACUGGUUUUCCUCGAUCGUUCGUGGCGUAUCUCCUCUCUCCUCCCGGAAACCUAAGAUCCUGUACGCCUACGGUCGCGCCGCCCACGGGUUCUCCGCUCGGCUGACGCGCUUCCAGGCUAGUGAGCUGGGGAAGAUUCCUGGUGUGAUUUCGGUCAUUCCAGAUCAAGUCCGCCAUCUCCACACAACACACACGCCUCAGUUUUUGGGUUUGGCCCAAUCAUUUGGGAUCUGGCCCAACUCGGAUUACGCAGAUGACGUCAUCGUAGGGGUACUCGAUACCGGGAUCUGGCCUGAGAGGCCGAGCUUUUCCGAUGAGGGGCUGUCUCCUGUUCCGUCUGGCUGGAAAGGGAACUGCGAGGUUAGUGAGAAAUUCCCGGCGGCUUCUUGUAAUCGGAAAAUCAUAGGUGCUCGAACUUUCUACAGAGGCUAUGAGGCUUCACUUGGAAAGCCGAUGGAUGAAUCUGUGGAAUCGAAAUCGCCCAGAGACACGGAGGGCCACGGCACACAUACAGCCUCUACGGCGGCUGGAUCUAUUGUGGAGAAAGCUGGUCUGUUCGAGUACGCGCGUGGUUCAGCUAGAGGCAUGGCGGUUAAAGCCAGAAUAGCGGCCUACAAAAUUUGCUGGAGCUCUGGCUGUUACGAUUCCGAUAUUCUCGCCGCCAUGGAUCAAGCUGUUGAAGAUGGAGUUCACGUGAUUUCUCUCUCCGUUGGCGCCUCCGGCUACGCUCCGCCGUACGACCGUGAUUCCAUUGCGAUUGGGGCUUUUGGCGCUAUGGAGCACGGUGUUCUCGUCUCCUGCUCUGCUGGAAAUUCCGGUCCAGAUCCGUAUACUGCGGUGAACAUCGCGCCGUGGAUUCUCACCGUCGGUGCUUCCACUAUCGAUCGUGAGUUCCCUGCUGAAGUGGUUUUAGGCGAUGGGCGUAUCUUCCGCGGCGUCUCAUUGUACUCCGGCACGCCCCUCGGCGAUGACAAACUCCCUGUAGUCUACGGCGGUGAUUGCGGAAGCAAAUACUGCUAUUCCGGUGCACUUGACACUUCAAAAGUCACAGGAAAGUUAGUUAUGUGUGAUCGAGGAGGCAAUGCGAGAGUGGCGAAAGGCGGAGCCGUAAAAGAAGCCGGCGGCGUCGGAAUGAUCCUGGCUAAUUUGGCUGACUCCGGCGAAGAGCUGGUAGCCGACGCACAUCUAAUUCCGGCAUCAAUGGUCGGCCAAAAGGACGGAGACCAAAUCCGAAGCUACGUAAGAACGGAUCCGUCACCAACAGCUACCAUAUCAUUCAAGGGAACGGUGAUCGGAACUUCGCCGCCGGCACCACGAGUUGCAGCUUUCUCAAGCCGCGGACCAAACCACGUCACCGCCGAUAUCCUCAAACCGGACGUGAUAGCGCCGGGGGUUAACAUCCUAGCCGGCUGGACCGGCGCCGUCGGGCCGACCGAUCUGGAUAUCGACGAGAGAAGAGUAGAAUUCAAUAUCAUCUCCGGCACGUCCAUGUCGUGUCCUCACGCAAGUGGAUUGGCUGCUUUACUUCGUAAGGCCCACCCGGAGUGGACCCCAGCCGCCAUCAAAUCAGCUCUGAUGACCACAGCUUACAACGUGGACAACUCAGGAAGUAAUUUUACGGAUCUUGCCACUGGCAAAGAAUCCAGCCCGUUCGUUCACGGGUCCGGGCACGUGGAUCCGAACAGGGCACUGGACCCGGGUUUGGUUUACGAUUUGGUGAUGUCCGCUUACGUGGACUUUCUCUGCGCCAUUGGAUAUGACAGCAAGAGGAUUGCAGUGUUCGUGAGGGAUCACGCUUCGGUGAAUUGCAGCACACCGGGGUUGGGUACACCCGGGUCUCUGAAUUACCCAUCGUUCUCGGUUGUAUUCCGCGGUAAAAACAGCCAGGUAAAAUACAAGAGGUCCGUGACAAAUGUAGGGAGUGAAAAGGAUGCGGUUUACGCGGUAAAAGUGAAUGCUCCCCCAGGUGUGGAGGUGAAAGUGGAACCGGCGAAACUGGAAUUUACCGAAGAGAGUCAUACGUUGUCGUACGAGGUUACUUUUACGAGUGUUGGGUUAGGGGUUAAAUCGUCAUUUGGAUCAAUUGAAUGGGUCGAUGGGGUCCACCUGGUUAGAAGCCCAAUUGCUGCAGUUUGGAGUCUCAACUCGGAAGCUGCAAUGGCCAUGUAAAAGUAAAAUGGAGCGGAUUAACCCAUUCACCCCUGGUUGGCUGAUCUCAAUUAUUUAGCCACACUGUUUGUGUGUCAAGAAGACAAGAGCCUUUGGUCUGACAAGCCAAGGAGACAAGAGCUUUCAUCUGCUUUAAGUUCAUCUAACUUCUUAAAGUCAACCUUACAAUAAAAUGUUUCAUGGUUGAUUUGUCAAAGGUUGCUGUAAAUAUUUAAUUGUGAAGUAAUAUAAUCGUUUGUGUAUAAGAUGAUAAUGUUGUUAAUAUGUGCAUUUUCAAUGUCUUUAAUGAAAUGAUUGAUUCCUCAUCUAUUUAGAAAUUCC